UUCACCAACACCACUACCACUGCAACUCCAGUAGCAGAUGUAAACAUUACCGCUGCCUACUCGGAUGCGUCUCGUCGUUGAGCAUAAAAGAAAAAGAAUCUUUGCGGUGCAAUAAUGGCACAAGCAUUGCGUGCCGCGGACAUCCGUGGCUGCAUCCACUGCUUUACGGCCUGCGGCAAACCUUUCGGUGCGGUUGGCCGAGGGCUGGCUGUCGGUUGUGGAGUUGGUAUCAACAACUGUCGGGGGACCGGAUGCUGCGGGUUGGGAACAUGCUGCGCAGAGAUGGGCAGAUGUUGCGCCAACCUUUGCAAGCUUAUGGCCGGUUGCGCCAAAGUACUGUUCGUGGCGGCCCUCAUCUUGGUAGCGGCUUUCCUGGCGUUUGUGUUCUGGGACUCGAUCGUGUCCGGGUUUGGCACGGUCCGGAACGGUACGGUGGAGUACUACGACAAGGCCCGCGAAAAUCCGACCGUCGGUCAGGUGUUUAACAAAACGGAGGAAUAUUACGGUGCGGCACGGGACAAAAUUACCGAGGUGGCAAAUGCUCCGGAGGUGCAACGAGCUGGCAACAAGACGGUGGAGUUGUACGGUGCGGUCAAAGACCAGAUCGUGGACACCUUCGAUCAGAUUCACCAGUCGGAGACGGUUCAGGGUGCCAUAAACGGAACGGUUGGAUUUUUCAGUUCGUUGAAAGAUAAGCUUUUUGGGUAAUUAUUUAACGGAGCACAUCAACCAGAGCUUUAGAACCAAGACUUUUGUUACAGACAUUUUAGUAUCCUCUUAACUAUGGGAACUAUCGAUAUGAUUUUUUUAUUCAUUUCCUACUGUCUGUCUUUAAAAUAAUGUACAACAAAGUUUGACUAUUUUUACAAUCAAUUUGUUGUAGGAUUGUAUCCGUAAGUUAGGCUAUUUUGGUAUAAUGAGACAACAACUUCCCUGGUUGCUGUGCACCCUUAAUUGGUAAUUUAGUCCCAUUUGGCAGAAGUUGAAAAAAAUGUCCGGAAUUCUCUGCAGACUUGACCCGUAACUUAAGGUCGAAAUAUCGAAAAAAAGGAAAUUUUCGCAGAUCUGCGAAUGAACAAACAUUGAGCUAGAAAGAUAGAAUAUAUGAUACUGAUUGCAGCUGUUAUUAGUAAGGUGAAGUAAAAAAUAAAUGUUCAAGCCAAUAAACAAAAGAUUAUUUACAUCUCA